AUGUCGUUUGAUAGACUCUCGUCACUAGAAUCGCAACCUACCACCACCCGGCGGCAGGAUGACCCUCAUUACAGAGACGACCCGGAGUUCCAAAGAUUCACCGAGUCGCUAUCUACCAAGCUAUUCGAACUGAUAUCCAACAUUUCUCGCCUGUCGAACCAGCUUUCGAAGAAGGACACCGAGCGUGGCCGAGAGCGGAUUCAUGAUCUGCUAGAGGAGACAAGAGAGGGUUUCAAAGAGGCCGGGGAUGGUGUCAAGCGAGCGCAAGCAUGGCCUGACCUGAAUCCGGCACAACGGUACACGAAUCAAAAGCUAUCACGCGAGUUCGCAUCGGCCUUGUCUGAGUUUCAAGUCGUCCAGAGGAGGGCCAUCGAAAGAGAGAGAGCAUCAAAAGCUGCACUAGAGGAAUCUCAAUCGGCGCAAUCACCUUCAGCAGAAGGUCAACAACAACGCCAAUUGCUCGAAGAACCUCGUCUGGCAGAACAAAGUGAGGUGGACUUUCAGGAGAAUCUGAUCAUCGAGCGCGAAGGAGAAAUCCGGCAGAUUGAACAAUCCGUUGGCGAGCUGAACGAGCUGUUCCGAGAUGUCGCUCACCUGGUCCGUGAUCAAGGCGACAUGCUGGAUGCGAUCGACGUCAACGUUGAGAACACCCUGACCGAUACUCGAGGCGCAGAUGUUGAAUUGCGAAGCGCGAGCCGUUACCAGAAGUCCGCCCGUAACAAGGCCUGUUGCCUGUUGGUCAUCCUGGCAGUUGUGCUGUUGAUAGUGGUAUUGGCUGUUGUGCUGGGAUGA